CGGGGUUUCAGGUGCCAAAAGAUACGGCAAGAUCCAUCUUCGGUCCGCCCUCAUUCUUGCAUUUCAGCACACCACCAAAACAGAAACUCCUCCUCUCCCAUAGGAUAGGUAGCGUAAAAGGUAACCAAGCAUGCGGCAACUAUCGCGAGCUACAAGCCUUUGCUUCUUUCUCUCUUUGUGUACCACAGCUGAUGCGUGGUCGACAACGAUAAGGGCAACGUCAAUCCCGCAAAGAAGCAGAUCCCAUCCACUUAUUGGUUCAGAUGCUUCUACUACUACGUUUACCACGGCACUCGGGUCGUCCUUACAGAGUCCUGAUUUGGGAGACGUCGUGGCAGUGCCACUGCUGCUAGUGGCAGCGCUAGGAUUGGGAGUGGCCGCACAAGGAUUCAUCAAUCAAAUGUUGGAAGGAGAUCAAGGAUUGGGAGCCUUUCUACGAGAUGGGUCAGGAUACAACAAGUCGGGAAUGAAACCUUCCAUGUUCUCCGACAAUAAGGACAAAGCCAAGGACGAUCCUUUGCCGUGGCUCAAAUUGCCAGAAUUGGACUUUGUCGAAGUGGCAGGACAAGAACGCACUACAAGGCCAACGCCAACAACAAUACCAACCCCACAACAACAACAAAUUGUCAUUGACAAGUUGGAAACGGUCAGAACAUUAAUGUUCCAAGCCUUGGACGAUGGAAAUGUGGAACAAGCUGAGAAAUUCAAAAACGAAAUGGAACAAGUCAUGGCGGACAACAAUAUCGAAUACAACGAGUUUCAAUAAUAUAAUGUCAUGUACUAGCUAGAUAGCGGUUUCCACGGGCUAAAGUCUUCUCACGGAAGACAAGGCAAGGAAAGACAGAUGUGGCGACAAGCUUUAGAAGCGACGGUUUUUGAUUCAUGGAUUCCUGCUCGUCCGUCGCCGUCUCUA